AUGGCUUGUACAAGCAACUUUUCCUCCCUAUCAAAAUCUUGGGCAGUUCUUGAUGUCCCUCGUGGAGCUCCAAAGGCAACUGGUUUGUGGCUAAAAAGGCAAUUUAUCUUCAAAACCUCGCGCAUUUGCAUGUGCAUGCCAACACCAACCGCGACGCAGCCCAUUGCAACGCCAUUGAUCAGAGAUAAUGAAUCCCUACUCAAAUAUUUGCGCCAGCCUUCGGUGCUUCCACAUGAAGUUGAUGACAGCAGGAAAGAACUACUAGGAAGAACAAGAAGGCAAUUGAGAUCAACUUCAGAACCCUUAAAUGCCAUGAAUUUGAUUGACACGCUGCAGCGACUGGGAUUAGCAUACCAUUUUGAAGAUGAUAUGAAUGCUAUAUUAUCCCAGUUAUCUUCAAGUGGUCAAUCUGAUGGAGAUCUCCUCACUACUGCAUUGCGUUUUAGAUUGCUAAGACAUAAUGGUCACAAAAUAAAUAUUUUCCAGAAGUUCAUGGACAAGAACGGAAAAUUCAAAGACUCCCUGAAAGAAGAUACCAUGGGGUUGUUGAGUUUGUAUGAAGCCUCACACCUAGGUGCAAAUGGAGAAGACAUAUUGCUGGAGGCCAUGGAAUUCACUGAAGCCCACCUAAAACAGUCACUUCCUAGCUUACCAACCCAACUUGCUAGAAAGGUUUCUAGUGCCCUGGAACUACCAAGACAUAGAAGGAUGGCAAGGUUAGAAGCCAGAAGGUAUAUUCAAGAAUACAGUGAGGAAAUUGGACACGACCGAAACCUUUUGGAACUAGCCAAAUUGGACUACAACAAGGUCCAAUCUCUCCACCAAAUGGAGUUAACUGAGAUAUCUAGGUGGUGGAAACAAUUAGGCCUUGUUGACAAGCUAACCUUUGCUCGAGAUAGACCACUGGAAUGCUUUCUGUGGACUGUUGGAAUACUUCCAGAGCCCAAGUAUUCAAGCUGCAGAAUUGAGUUGGCCAAGACCAUUGCCAUUUUGUUGGUGAUUGAUGAUAUUUUUGACACGCAUGGCACAAUCGAUGAGCUUGUUCUCUUUACAAAUGCAAUUCGAAGAUGGGAUCUUGAGGCAAUGGAAGGGCUACCUGAAUACAUGAGAAUAUGUUACAUGGCACUGUACAAUACUACUAACGAAAUUUGCUACAAGAUCCUCAAAGAAAAUGGUUGGAGUGUCCUCCCAUAUCUAAAAGCAACGUGGAUAGACAUGAUUGAAGGGUUUAUGCUGGAAGCAAGCUGGUAUAACAAUGGUCAAGAACCAAACAUGGAAGAAUAUGUAGAAAAUGGUGUUACAACAGCAGGAGCCUACAUGGCCAUGGUGCAUCUAUUCUUCCUCAUAGGACAAGGGGUCACAGAGGAAAAUGUAAAAUUGUUGAUGAAACCCUAUCCUAAGCUCUUUUCCUGCUCGGGCAGAAUUCUUCGACUUUGGGAUGAUUUAGGGACCGCAAAGGAGGAGCAAGAAAGGGGCGACCUUGCAUCAAGCAUACAACUAUUCAUGAGGGAGAACAACAUAACAUGUGAUGAAGAAGGCAGAAAAAGAAUCUUGCAACUCAUAGAUAAUCUGUGGAAGGACCUCAACUGGGAAUUAGUGUCUCGAGAUGCAAUGCCUCUUGCAAUUAUCAAAGCUGCAUUCAACAUGGCCAGAUCUUCUCAAGUUGUGUAUCAGCAUGAAGAAGAAAGCUACUUUUCCAGCGUAGAUAAUUAUGUGGAGUCUCUGUUUUUCACCCCUAUAAUUAAUUGAUCAAUGUAAAAUUAUACAUAAAUAAGUA